AACUUCCACAGCACCUUGCAGGAAGUGGGAGGCGAAGUUGGCUGCAGGUGACAUUUGUGGGAGAGCAGAGGGGCCUCUGCCCCUGAGCGCAGGACAGGCUGUUUAGACAAGCUUUGCAAAGAACUCCAGAGAUGAAAAGCCUCCUCACACUGGCUUGGCUCCUCGCUUGCAGUGUGCCUGCUGUGCCAGGGGGCUUGCUAGAACUGAAGUCCAUGAUCGAGAAGGUGACUGGAAAGAAUGCCCUGAUGAGCUAUGGUUUCUAUGGCUGCUACUGUGGCUUGGGUGGCCGAGGGAUCCCCAAGGAUGGCACUGAUUGGUGCUGUUGGAUUCAUGACUAUUGCUACGGCAGGCUGGAGAAGGAAGGCUGUGACAUCCGGUCACAGUACUACACAUACAGAGUCACACGGGGCCUGGUCACCUGCGAAAUUGGGUCUUUGUGCCCCAUGCAGCUCUGUUUCUGCGACCAGAAGCUUGUCUACUGCCUGAAGAGAAACCUGCGGACCUACAGCCCUCAAUACCAGUAUUUCCCCAACAUCUUCUGCUAAUAAUCGCCUUCACUGGGACCUGAUGCACAGUGCUUCCAUGGCAACCAGGGCCAUCCCCUACUUCAGCACAGGGGUCCCACUCUGCUGAGACCUCAUUCUUUCUCCGAGUUCCAUCGGCCUAGGAGGAGCCCCACAGCCACACGUAACCCUCUGGAAAGUUCCAAGAAAAUCACUCUGGCCUAGGACUUGGCAAGGUGCCAGGACUCUGGGACUCCACUUGUCUGCUUGGCCCCUCAGGAACGAGGGACGCAUUUCAUUUUCAGUUUUGGCAAUGAGAUUAUCACUACUCCCCUCCAGGGAAUUUUCACUCAAGCAGAAGCAAAAUUGACUCCAUAAAUCUGCCAUAGAGAUAUUAAAUAAAAUGUUUUCUCAAGGCUAAUAAAAACCACACAG